AUGCCGAUAGCGCAGCGGACAGUAGAGCCCACACUGGUAUGUCAGAGCAGAGGUAUAACAACCAACAUGCCUCCCUCCCUUCCCUCCACUUCUCUUAUCGCGCUCACUUCUAUCAUCAGACAGCUGAGUACCCUGUCUAAAUAUGCAGACGAGAUGUUUGGAGAUGUGUUUAACGAGGCAAGCAAGUACGUGUACAGAAGUAAUAAGUUAGAGGAAAGGGUGGCAGCACUGGCUCAGGCUCUUCAGGAGAGGAAAGAGGACGAGACUGUUGCGUUACCAGACGUGCCGGCUCCAGUGCAGGAGAAGCCUGAACAACACAUUCUUAACGUGUAUAUUCCACGUGCCCUGAAGGAGAAAUACCACGAGUGUGACAGACCACCCCCACUAGGAGUAUUCGCUAGAUUGAGGUGA